CCCCGCCCCGCCGCGUCCGGUUGCCCUCUCACCCCAAGAUGGCGGCGUCCGUGGGACCCGUGAAGUUUUGGAAGCCGGGCACGGAAGGUCCUGGUGUCAGUAUCUCAGAGGAGAGACAGAGUCCUGCUGAGAGCAGUGGCGUAACUGUCAUCUAUAAUCCUUAUGCUUCCCUUUCUGUUGAGCAACAAAGACAAAAGCUGCCAAUUUUUAAGCUAAGAAAUCACAUCCUUUAUCUAGUGGAGAACUAUCAAACUCUGGUGCUUGUUGGGGAAACAGGUUGUGGGAAAUCAACCCAGAUUCCACAAUACCUAGCAGAAGCUGGCUGGACAGCCGAAGGAAGAGUUGUUGGAGUGACACAGCCUCGUCGGGUUGCUGCUGUUUCAAUUGCAGGCAGAGUUGCUGAUGAAAGAGGUGCAGUGCUGGGGCAUGAAGUUGGAUAUUGUAUUCGGUUUGAUGACUGCACGGAUCCACAGGCUACAAGAAUUAAGUUUCUAACUGAUGGUAUGCUGGUGAGGGAGAUGAUGGCUGAUCCUUUAUUAACAAGAUACAGUGCCAUCAUGCUGGAUGAAGCCCAUGAAAGGACUCUUUAUACAGAUAUUGCCAUUGGCUUACUAAGAAAGGUUCAGAAGAAGCGUGGGGAUCUUCGACUGAUUGUGUCUUCAGCCACCUUGGAUGCAGAGAAAUUCAGGAAUUUCUUUAAUCAAAACAGUACCGGUGACCCCAGCAAAGAUACCAGUGUGAUCCUUACUGUGGAGGGGAGAACGUUUCCAGUGGACAUCUUUUACAUACAGAGUCCCGUUCCAGACUAUAUAAAAUCAACUGUGGAAACUGCAAUGAAAAUUCACCAGACGGAGAAUGAUGGUGAUAUACUGGCAUUUUUAACUGGCCAGGAGGAAGUGGAGACUGUUGUUUCUAUGCUCAUAGAACAGGCUCGGGCGCUCUCUCGCACUGGAAUGAAAAAACACCUCCGUGUUCUUCCCAUGUAUGCUGGGCUACCUUCUCCUGAGCAGAUGAAAGUGUUUGAGAGGGUUUCUCGCAAUGUCAGGAAGGUGAUAGUUGCCACCAACGUUGCAGAGACCUCCAUCACAGUUCACGGAAUCGUAUUUGUAAUUGAUUGUGGGUUUGUGAAGCUUCGUGCCUAUAACCCCAAAACAGCCAUUGAAUGUCUUGUGGUGGUUCCAGUGUCUAAAGCUUCAGCUAAUCAGAGAGCAGGACGUGCAGGACGGAACCGCUCUGGUAAAUGUUACAGGCUUUAUACAGAGGAGGACUUUGAAAAGUUGCCCAAGUCCACUGUUCCCGAGAUGCAGCGCAGUAACCUUGCACCUGUCAUCUUGCAGCUGAAGGCUUUGGGAAUCGACAAUGUGCUCAGGUUCCCCUUUCUUUCGCCACCUCCUGCCCAGUCAAUGGUGCAAGCUUUGGAAUUGCUGUAUGCUUUAGGAGGUUUGGAUAUGCACUGCCGUUUAACAGAGCCUCUUGGAAUGAGAAUAGCAGAGUUUCCUUUGAAUCCUAUGUUUGCAAAGAUGCUUCUGGAAUCAGGAAAUUUUGGCUGCUCCCAGGAGAUUUUGACAAUUGCUGCCAUGAUGCAGAUUCAGAACAUCUUUGUGAUUCCUCCAAAUCAAAAAGCUCAGGCUGCCAGGCAUCACAGAAAGUUUGCUGUGGAAGAAGGUGAUCAUCUCACUAUGCUUAAUGUGUAUGAAGCCUUUGUCAAACACAGCAAGAGCUCUCAGUGGUGUCAGGAGCACUUUCUGAACUACAAAGGGCUUGUAAGAGCUUCUGUUGUAAGAGAGCAGCUGAAAAAGCUUCUUGUCCGCUUUAAAGUGCCAAAGAAGUCCAGUGAAGUUUUCUUUUCAGGUGAUCCAGAUCCUGUUUUGAGAUGCAUAGUUUCUGGGUUCUUUGCCAACGCAGCUAAAUUCCACUCUACUGGAGCUUACAGGACUAUACGUGAUGACCACGAACUUCAUAUCCACCCCACUUCAGUGUUGUAUGCAGAGAAACCUCCACGCUGGGUGGUCUACAAUGAAGUCAUACAGACUGCGAAGUACUACAUGAGAGAUGUGACUGCUGUCGAAUCUGCGUGGCUCUUGGAACUGGCACCUCAUUUUUACCAGCAAGUAACGUUACGGGAUCAGAAUAAAGCCCAAACGCAUCUUUCCUUGACAGCAAAACGCGUUAAAGUAGGAGACCAGUGAUUUGACAUGACUUAAGUCUUGUGUCAUCAGAUGCAGAGCCUACCAGUGAUUUGAAGCUGGCUACAGUCCCGUCAGCAGUCAGUUCAUUAGCAAUUUGAUCUUCCAUCAACUUAAAUGUUUAAAUGCCUGCCGGGAUCUGUAGGGGUUUAUGCAUGACCAGUACAUUGUAAACCUAUGUAGAGCUUGCAUUGUGGACAUUUUAUUCUUUGCCUACUUGACCACCGUUGUUAAUCUGGGCAUGUUGCUCCUUCUAAAUAGGUAGAAAUUUUAAAAAGUAAGAGGACAUACAAGACCACAACAACCUGAAACCUUCAAGAAGGAAACUGAUUUCCUAGAGUGGUACGGCUGCCUUAUGAGAUACGGAACAGGGUACCCUGCCUCCUAUUACCUAGAGCACUGUGACUACUACCGGCCAAACUGAGCCUGACUCCUGAGAGCAGGAGCUCAGGGCAAUGAACUAGCCCUUGAAAUACAAGGUGCUGCCAUCAAAGCGUUGAUUCCAUAUUGGACCAUUCCAAACUGGUGCAGCAAAAGUCUCCUGCCUGUGGUCAGGCUGCCCCUGGCUCCCUGUGCUGUGACAGUCCUUCUGUAGGACAAUGUCUUGUUUCCAUACACGAGAGUUGCUGUUUGGGGAGAGGGAGGAGGAGCAGCUCAGUAUUUCUUUUGAAAGGAUACAUUUUUUGCUCAAUCAGGGGACUACACAUGUGCACCACAUGUGUGGUGCUUUGCUUUUUCUUUUUAAUUAUUUUUUCUGAACAAGUGAGAAUAUGGAGCUUCACUGCUUGGAAAUCCGAGAAGAUUUCAGCAGGAGUUUAUCAUGCAACACUUUUUUUUAGCAAAGAAGAAAAUGCUCUGUUGUUUCCUCUGAGGAACACAAUCCUUUAUAUUUCUUUUAGCAAGAGUCUGUUCUUUGUUGCUUGGGACUCUCCUUCAUGUGUUAUUGAAGAGAAAGAUGUUCUGAACAGUUGCUGCUUUAGUCAGACUCCAUGGCUACUUUGCAGUAAGGAACUGCACAUUUUGGAUACAUGUAUUUAUUGUUCUUUUCAACCCUAUUGGUAUUUAUUUUAGAAAGACAUUGUUUGAAAAUGUUAUUUCUGUGAGGCAGCUGAUGUGAUGGAUGGGUUUGGGCAUGUCAACUAGAAUUUUUUCUUUUUUAAAAAAAGAGUGUAAAUAGGCAAAAAUUUCUACAUAGAACAAAUGCCUUCCUCAUCACAGGGCUGCCUUGGAAACUUUCUUGAGGGCUUCUUUACCCUCUCCCUUCCAAACACCUGCAGAGAGAUGAUGUUGUGUCAUGUGCAAUGUGAGGUCUGUUCAGUGUCUGUGUACUGACUGCCAGCACAAAAAGUUGUACCAGUCUCCAUGUAUGGCACCAGCAGCAUGACAAACCACAUCACCUUCCUUCUUGUUUCCCUGUGAACCUCACCUUUGGGUUUCUCUCUCUUAGAGUGGAAGCUGUUUGGGGCAGGGACUCUCCUAGCCAGAGCCCAGAGCCGUGUUGAUACUUACUAUAAAGAUUCAAUUUGCAGGGGUUUUUUUUUCCUCUCAAAGGAUGGGGGAAAGAACUGAAGAUGAAGAUGUGUAAAAUGUGUGUGUCUCUGUCCUCUGGAAGUAUUCUGAAGAAAAAUAAAACCAUUGAAUCAAGGAAGCUUGAUAAUGCAUCA